CAUCCAGUGGAGUUGUAAUCUGGAAUAUACUUUUCUCAUAGAGCCAAACCUUUAAGGUAUUCACAUUGCAGACAUGAUAGACCGAAAUAUGAAAAAUGUUCUGGUGGUAUCCAUUGGAUUUUUAUCUCUGUUCACAGCGUAUGGAGGACUUCAGAGUUUACAGAGCAGUCUGAAUGCCGAGGAUGGGAUGGGGGUGACAUCUCUCAGUGUUAUCUAUGCCUCCAUCAUCCUGUCAUCCAUGUUCCUAACACCCAUUCUCAUCAAAAACCUGGGCUGCAAAUGGACUAUUGUUGUCGGCAUGGGCUGCUAUGUGACCUAUUCAAUUGGGAACCUCUAUCCAGGAUGGUACACUCUGAUCCCCACCUCGGUGAUCCUGGGAAUGGGAGGUUCUCCACUAUGGUCAGCCAAGUGUACCCUUCUCACCAUCUGCGGCAACCUGCAGGCCCCUAAAGAAAACAAGGCAGCAGCGGAUGUUAUCAAUAAGUACUUUGGCAUAUUUUUCUUGAUAUUUCAGUCUUCGGCUGUAUGGGGAAACCUCAUGUCGUCGUUGAUAUUUGGUUCAGAUACAGAUAUACCUGACAUCUCUGAGGAAGAUCUACAAUAUUGUGGUGCAGGUGUGUGCGUUGAUAUCAAUGUAAACUCUACGACCACAAGACCAGCACAAGAAUUGGUCUGGACACUAGUCGGCUGCUAUAUUGGGGUGGGUGUGCUGGCCAUGAUCAUAGUGGCAGUAUUUCUGGAUAACAUAGACAGAGAUCAGGCUCAGGAGUUCCGAGGCAACAGGGAACCAUUCUGGAGCACCUUCCUGGCCACGUUUACACUCCUGAAAGACAAGAGACUCAUCAUUCUCAUCCCUUUGUCCAUGUACAGUGGCUUUGAGCAGAGUUUCCUCUCCGGUGAAUACACAAAGAACUAUGUGACCUGUUCUUUAGGAAUCCAUUAUGUUGGAUAUGCGAUGAUAUGUUUUGGAGCCACAAAUUCGUUAUGUUCCUUUAUGUUUGGGAGGUUGGCAGAAUACACUGGAAGAGCCCCACUGUUUUGCUUGGCUGCGGCGAUCAACUUUGCCUGUAUCAUGGCCCUGUUGUUCUGGAGGCCUCACCCAGAUCAGCUGCCUGUGUUUUUUGUGUUUCCUGCUCUCUGGGGCAUGGCAGAUGCGGUAUGGCAGGCACAAACCAACUCACUGUAUGGGGUUCUCUUCCCCAGACAAAAAGAGGCAGCGUUUGCUAACUGCUGUAUGUGGGAGUCCCUGGGGUUCGUGAUAGCCUUUGCCUACAGUACCUUCAUCUGUCUGGACACCAAGAUCUACAUCCUCCUUGGAGUUCUGAUCCUCUCCAUGGUUACCUGUUUGUGGGCAGAGUACCAAGAACACAAGAAUCCUACACUUCCGGUGGAGGAGGGAGUAUAUGACAAAGACUAUAAAAAAGACACAGACCAAUACACAGACUACUCAAAAAACAUACAUCACAUAAUUGCUCAGACCAGCUUGUAGACAAUACGUGGAUUUGAUAUGUAGACUUAUACAACAGAAGGUGAUUGGAAAACACGUUGAUCACACGACUACAUGGGCAGAGGAAACCGAAAAGGGCAAGGCAUGGCUGAACAGAUGCUAGCAGCGAGAUAGAAGCACGCAGCCCACGUGAAGACUUUCCAGAACUCGAGGCAAGACUCCUUAUUCUCACCACUGCCAUCUACGCCGAGUAAGAACCCUCCUACCAAAUACAGAGCAGUCCAAAAGUGUUCUACCAACCCUGACAUUCUCAAAGCCAUUUUUGAGAAACUGGCCAUCAUUGAAAAAACAACAGAGACCUCCAAAUCAUUAAUCUCUCUCAGCCACUGUGCAGCAACUUCUCAACCAGGUGUCAACCCACAGCGAACAUUUUGUUUUACCAUGGAAGCUGAAAUACAGAAACUGCAACAGGUGAAUCGCCAAAUGCGACAGAAUAUAAUCGAAGUCCAGCGCCACAGCCGGAGAUGGAACCUGAAACUGCAUGGGGUGCCAGAAGAGGACGGGGUUAACUAAAUGACUGAGUUAAUAAGUCGAUUGACAUUUUUACAUUCACCCCGUUUUAUAUCACCAGGUUCGUAAAUGUGAAUACUGGUUCAUCAUAUUGAUCAUAACUAAGCUCAGGAUCCCUUAUUAGCUACCUAGCUUACUAGUUCAACAUAUCACUACGCUGUAUUUGUCUUAUUUUAAUUGUAUUUUUGUCAAGUUAUGCAACGUUUUGAAUUCAAUGCACUAAACACUAUCUCUAAAUGCCAGUGGUUUACCCCCCCCCCCUUUGUUCAGGGACACAUUAUUCAAUUUCUGUUAGUCACAUGUCUGUGGAACUUGUUCAGUUUAUGUCUCAGUUGUUGAAUCUUGUUAUGUUCAUACAAAUAUUUACACCUGUUAAGUUUGCUGAAAAUAAAAGCAGUUGAAGAAGUAAAUCAUGAA